UGCGCCAUGCUGCCAAAAACAGGCAGAUGUAGAGCAGCCAUUCUACGUUAUUACUUUAAUUCCACGACCGGACGGUGUGAAAGUUUUAUUUUCGGUGGAUGCCAAGGGAAUGGUAAUAAUUGGAGAACUCUGGCAGAAUGUCGACAAACAUGU